AUGGCGUCCACUUCAAUGACGAAUGGUCACGAACCCGAGAAGAGGUCUAAGUUGGAGAACCAGAGUCCUCCUCGGUUUACUGCGGUGAAUGGAAGGGAGAUCACGGCGCCAAUGACCGUCGGCUUUAGCCCUACUGCCGCCGACUCAUCUAGCAACGAAGACAUAUCGAAUAAUCGAGGCAGAGUCGAACUCGACACUCCAUCUCGAACGGAAGAACGCGCGCGAGAUAACGGAAACAUUGAAAUUGACCCGGACGAACGAUCGAUGCAGCGUUCCACUUCCCAUAGUGGCUCAUUAUUAGGAGGGCAAAGUGCAAACAAGCGGAAGAGGUCAGAAAUUGAUGAGCGACAAGAACUUCCGUCAUCAUCUUCUAAAGGCUCUCGAAGUCCAGCCAUACGAUCAGAUGCCGCUACGGACUCUCACACCCAACCGCUUGCUCUCAACAUCGCUGUCUCGCCCCCUGGCUCCCAUGAGCUCAAACAGCCUUCACCGUCAAUUGCCCAAUCAGACAGAAAUGAGGAUUCACGAUCCGCCUCAGCAAAUGCUUCUUUGAAUGACUAUGAUUCACAUCUGGUGCAACAGGCACAGCGCGCACAACAGAUUGACCCCUCAGAUGCUCAGUUGGCAGAGGUACUCCAGCGCGAGUCCCAGGAUCACGACGGACAAUGCUUACAGCAGAAGAGCUGGAGUGCGACGAAUCGCUCGACAGAAGGAUCUACACAAACCAAAGAGUCAUUACCUACGUUUUCGCAAGAACAGCCACAAGCGGCUAUACAAGUCGCCCCUAAGCGAAAGCGCGUCUUCAGCAACCGAACCAAAACUGGCUGCAUGACAUGUCGCAGAAGGAAAAAAAAAUGCGACGAGCAGCAUCCUGCGUGCAACAAUUGUCUCAGAGGUGGCUUCCUCUGCGAAGGUUAUUCGUCCCGAAGCACGUGGCAGAAGCCCUCAAGUGCGAAAACUCCAGUUCCGUUGCAAUCAAAAGAGGGCUACCCAGAUCUAGGGGCGCAGUACGUGCAUGACUUGACCCAGCAGCAUGAACGACAGCAAACUCUGGCAGAACAACUUGACCCGGGAAAGAUGAGGCCAAUUGUCACUGAUGAGAACGAUCGUGUCGCUGGGCAGUUCAAUGCAAGCCCGACAGGAGCAAAUUCGGCUCGUGGGCCAUGGUCUAAACGAAGUUGGCCUAAUGCAGGCCAUGCUACGUUUAUACCUGAUCAUGUAACCAAGUCUGACUAUCGAGAGGUCCCAUCGAUACACGAACUAUCGCGUGAGGGACAUGCGAAAGGUGACUAUCAGAUUGUCCCAUCGAUUCGAGACAUAUCACACGGAUCACAUCAAAAACCUGGGAUAUCCAUCUUUCAAGGUGGUAUUGAUCAACGGCCAGCACAUACUGGCACUGUGGACACGAGCAGCCCGCAGGCACAGGCUCGGAUGGCUCUUAGUAUUGAGCAUCAGUUGUCAAAUCGUGCUGUAAGCGAAGAAUCGGAAAAGGACAAGAUGAUUCGCGGCGAGCUCUAUCGCCCUUUCGAUAUUCAUCUUGUGGAGGAGCGAGAGCGAUGUAAAGCCGCCAUCUGGCGGUUCAACAAUGCUUGUAAUCCCGUUUCAGGCUUAAGUGCGAAGGAACAACAUCGUCUGCUGAAGGAUGUUCUGAUUCCGCCUGGUUCGGUUGUUGGUUCUCCAUCAAGCGUGGGAUCACUGAGACCCGCCGGAUCUAUUGGGCAAGGCGCUGUUGUUGAGUCACCUUUUCAAUGCCACUAUGGGUUCAACAUUCACAUUGGCGAGGACGUUAUGAUAUCAGAAAACUGUCUCUUCGUGGAUGACUGCCCUAUCACUAUCGGUGCUCAUACAUGGAUAGGUCCUCGGGUCACUAUUCUCAGUUCAAUGGCCCAUGCAAACAUGCAAGAACGGAAGGGCUCUCAAAGCCGCUAUCAAGGUCGCCCCGUCACAAUCGAGGAGGACUGUUACGUCGGUGCCGGUUGCACAAUAUAUCCCGGCGUGCGUCUCCGGCGCGGUGCUUAUGUGGCACCGGGCGAAGUAGUCAAAACUGACAUUGUAGCAUAUGGUUUUCAGGGUCUUAAACCAAGCUACAUGUGA